AUGCAACACAAACAAAUUCAUCAUUUCAACGUUCAUCCCGUUUCGAGAUUAAAUUCUGGUAUAGACUUGAAAAAAUUUUGGAUAUUUAUUUGUCUAUGUGUAAUUGAAAUUAUUAUCAUUUCAAUACUCAUAUAUAAUGUUUGCAAGGAAACGGAUAAAUGCAGAUGGUAUUUGAUAGGUUCAAUACCAAUUUCCAUAAUUUUGUCACUUCUAUUGAUCACUGUACGUGAUAUGCGAGAACAUUUCCCAUUGAAUUAUAUUUUCCUGCAUUUAAAUACGUUGUUAUUGUGUUUCACAUUUGUCGCACCAGUACUAAGCAUCGAAUUCUAUGAGACCAUGAUAUCGUUUGCUGUCGCGGCAGUUACUCUAUUUACAAUGAUAUUACUGGGGAUGUUAAUCAAAGUUAAAAUUUCGCCUACUUUGUUGGUUGCUGUAUUGAUCAGUUUCAUUGUUGUUGGACUAAUAAUAGCUAUUAUAUUGGAUCUCCUCUGUCAAAGUGUCGCACUUAAUGUAAUGGGAGCAUUUUUUCUCUUGUCAGUUUUACUAGGACGUCCAUCGAAGGUUGCAUUAGUUGUACACUUACGUAUUUGA